AUGACAGAACCAUCCUACCCAGAAGUCCAAGGCGGCGGCUCCCUAAUCCUCGCCUGGCAAGUCCGCAACAAGCGAAUCCUCGUUGUCGGUGGCGGUGAGGUAGCCGCCGGCCGCAUCCUCAACGUCCUCAAUGCCGACGCCAAAGUAACGGUCGUGUCCCCGCGCUCCGGCCUGAACCCCGAAGUCGCCCACCGCAUCGAGCGCGGCCAGGUCACCUACCACGACCGCAAAUUCGAGCCCUCGGACCUCGACGAUGCGGACAUGGUGCUGACAGCCGUCGACGAUCCGGAGGCCUCAUCGCAAAUUUGGAGGCUGUGCAAGGAGCGCCGUAUCCCCGCCAACAUCGCCGAUGUGCCGCCGGAAUGCGACUUUUAUUUUGGGAGCGUGCAUAGGGAUGGGCCGUUGCAGAUCAUGGUCAGCACGAAUGGGAAUGGACCCAAGUUGGCGAACAUAGUGAGGAGGCAGAUUGCGGCGAAUCUGCCGGAGAAUAUUGGGGAUGCGAUUAAGAAGGUGGGGAUGUUGAGGCGGAAGUUGAGGAAGGUGGCGCCGGCAAUCGAGGAGGGACCGAAGAGGAUGCAGUGGAUGUCGAAAGUCUGUGAAUCUUGGAGUUUAGAAGAUUUGGUCGAGAUGGAUGAGCAGGACAUGGAGCGGUUGCUUGGCUUCUACAAGCCCGGCACUGUGCCGAGCUUCGAAGAAAUCCGCAUCGGAGACAAACCUGGCGUCUGGAAGUUCGACGGGUCUUUUGGCUGGUCUGUGGUUUGCUAA